UAUUAGGUAAAACAAGAACGAAAAAAGAGAGAAAAUUCAACUAAUAAUAAAUUAAUUAAAUUUUGAAGAAUCCAAUAAAUAUGGUAAAUUAAAUAAAUAAUAAGAAUAUAAUUACUGUUUUUUUUUUUUGCCUUUCAAUCUCUUUCCUUGUGCAGUUUCCUUGCCUUUGUCUUUGCUUUCCUUUCGUUUGCUCUUCUUGCCCCCAACCCCUCAUAUCAAUCUUCUCCUUUCUCACCCCUUUUUUUUUUUCUUCCCCAUUAUCCCUCUCCCUAAUCUCUUCCCCCUUUCCAUUCCUUCCUUCAUUGGUUCCGUUUCUCUCUCUAGCUCUUUCUCUCUCCCUCUCUGUCUCUCGGGCCUGUUGCUUGCGAUUCCCUUUUGGUGGGUGAGGUGGGGGGUAUUUUGGGCGUGCCGUUUUCUCCGCUUUUGCUUCUCUCAUCCGGCUUCGAGGAAGGGAGAACAAGGUCAGGCGACGAACAAGAAGAAGAGGAAGAGAGCGAAUUCCUGCAUCUGUCUAUCGCUCUUCUUUCGUACUCUUGCCGGAGAAGAUUUUCUGGGUUUUCUUUGGUUGGGUGUUGGAGCUUUUUCAUAUUUGAUUCGGUUGUGGCUUCUCCGCUUCGGAUUCUUUUAGAUCGGUCGGAGUUUCCUGCUCUCUCUUUGAUCGGUCUUCAAGUGAAUCCAUUUGCUUUGGGGGCUUUCUGCUUCUGUUGAACUACAUUAUAUAACAUAUUUAGCCCUAAUGCAAGGGCAGAGGGGUAUAGUUGGCUCCUUGCCAGAGACUUUGGACUUUGACCAUGGAUCAGCAUCGGGUAAUCCCAUCAUGGACCAGCAACUUUGCUGGAACAACCUUAGAAAUCCUCCAGAAGAGCGAUUGUCAAACUUUAUGUUGUCUCCUGUUCACAUGAAUCCGUAUGCAAAUCCGAUUGACCAUGAACGGCAGAACUUGAGUCGGUGGAGCCUAGGUGAACCGAGUUCUGGCAGUGCAAGAACUGACAGAAGUCGAGAUAAGCAGAAGAUGGAACAUGGAUCGUCAUCUUCUUCAGCAGCAGCUAGCAUGUCUGCUGAUCCUAACCCAAGGUUAGAAGAAAGGCGUCAUGAACCAACCCAUAUGCUUUCAUUGAAUAGUGUCGAUGUCAAUGCCCAGUUUGUGCACAGCUCCAAUGCCAUUGGAUUUCCCCAGAAUCUGAACUUGAAUGCAGGGUUGGUGGGCCAGGGUGACGAUUCUAUGGGAAGCCACAACAUGGUGUACAAGCCUAGUGGUGCAGAACAUGCUGUUAGUGGUCCUGAAGAGUUUCUUCUCCCUUCUGGAAGUGGAGGAUACUUGAUGGGAGAUGAUGGCAGGCCUGGUUCUUCAUUUGAUGGGCGCCGUCAAUCAUGUAAAAGAAAAGCAGUAGAAGGACAUGGGCAGUCCUCUAUGAGUGGUGGUUCUAGCUUGUUUCAGCAUCCAGAAGGUAGUGGUGCAUGGCCAGGUGUUCCUCCCCGCCAAGUCAGCAGCAGUUUGAAUAUAUCAGCUGCUGCACCACCUGAGCAGGUGCAUCCCAGACUUGGAUUAGGUAUGAGAGGUCUAGGUACUGAAGGUAUUGCUGAUCCCAUUCCAUCUGGAGGAAGCUCACGGCAAAGAAAUUUUAGAUUGAGGAUAAAUCCUUCGCAUCAAGAAUCUGUUCCUUCUUCAUUGUUUUCUUCUGGCGGUGUUGUUAGGCAUCACUCGUCAAGACAUAAUAUUCCAGUUGAUCAUGCCUUGGAAUUCAGGUCAUCUUUGUCUGCUGCAGAGGCUCCUGUUACUCAAGUUCAGCCGGUUGUUAUCCCAGUUCCGGCUUUGCCACAAACUGGGCCACCAUUUAGGUGGAGUGAAACUUCUAGCUCGAGAGCUGGUAGUUCAUCAGGUGUUCCUAUCGAUUUUAGUGAUAGAGAUGAGGGAAGCUCGAGAAAUACUGCUAGGCAAUUAUGGGAACAUCCUAUGUUUGUACCUGCAACAGAGCCGAGAACUUCUGCUAGAAAUCACGGGAAUCGGAACAACAUAGUUGGUGGAAAUAUGAGUGUACCUAGUAGCAAUGUUUCUUCUUCUGCAGCAUCCCGGAGUGGUGGAUCCAGUUCAGGUGUUCAUUUGUCAGCUCCAACUUGGGUGCCCCAUCAAAGUUCUUCUAGAAACUCGAGACGACUGGCGGAAUAUGUUCGGCGGUCGUUGUUUUCUUCUUCUGCUGCAGCUGGUGAUGAUCCUGGAACCCAGAGCAGUAAUAAUAAUUCUUCUGCCGCAGCAGAGAUGGUUAUACCUGCUGGAACUAGUAGUAACCAGGGGCAUCAUCAUCGAUCGCAUCCAAGAUCAGCACCAUGGCUUGAUAGACAGGGUGGUGAUGGUGUCCUUAGAAUCCCUUACCCCUUACGAACUUUAAGCGCCUCUGGUGAAGGUCGUAGCAGGCUUGUUUCGGAGCAGCUACGCAAUGUCUUGGAUCUCAUGAGGAGGGGAGAGGGCCUGAGAUUUGAGGAUGUCAUGAUCCUUGAUCAGUCGGUAAUUUUUGGUAUGGCCGAUAUGCACGAUAGGCACAGGGACAUGCGGCUUGAUGUUGAUAACAUGUCAUACGAGGAGUUACUUGCAUUAGAAGAGCAGAUUGGCAGUGUCAAUACCGGAUUAAGCGAAGAGACCAUAGGAAGUCAACUUAAACAGCGAAAAUAUUCAGCUGCUGUAGGGAGCGCCACUGAGUCCGAGACAGAACCAUGCUGCGUUUGCCAGGAGGAGUACAAUAACGGUGAGGAGAUCGGAACCCUCGAUUGUGGGCAUGAUUUCCACACAGGCUGCAUCAAGCAGUGGCUGAUGCUGAAGAAUUGGUGCCCCAUCUGUAAAACAACAGGGCUCGCCAGCUAAAUAAGGUACGUCCCCCGCAGAGAACGAAGAAAACAACAGAUAAGAGGCAGCAAUGUCACCCCACCUCCCCACCCGACGAAGAGAUUGGAAAUUGCAGAACAUGGGUAGAUUCGGGAUCCAGAAAAGAACAUUUCUUUGACUUCUAAUGGCUGGUUUGGUUCUCCAUGGGGUUAGGCACAUUGCAGACUCAGUUAGCAGUCAUACUCUCGUAGGCAAGGAGGGGAAGCUUUACUGCAUUUAUUCUCUCUUUAUUAUUUUUCUUCUUUUGUAUCUUUUAUGGUUUAAGAAGGGUGGGGGCGAAAGGAAAAUCAGUCUGCAGAUAGUUGGAUGGAUGAUAGCAGCAGCUUGUAAAAGGAAAUGUGAAUCCAACAAGCUGCUUUUGGAUUUAUUCUGGAAUUGGGCGGACUUCAGGGAUGGAUGACUAUAUUUAGUUUUAAUUUAUGAAUUCUCUAUUGGAACAGAACAUUCGUUAUCAAUUCCUGUCGUCAUUUACUAUUUCGGAUAGAUUUCUGUAUUUUGCUUUGUUUUUGGUUAGAUAUGGGCGUUGGGCUUUUGACGCAUUUUGGGUCAGUGUUGUUGCACUUUUUGCCGUGUUUACGUAAGGGCAUAGAGGAAAACCAGAUUGCCGAAUUUGUUUGGACUGUACGUUGUUUAGGGUAGAUGCUUGAUUUGUGAAAUAGAUCUGAAAAUUGUAUAGGACAAGUUAGUGAAAUAAAACUGAUAACAGUACCACAAUUAAUAGUUGCAAAUUUGGAUGGAUUUGGAA